AUUUUGUUAUUCCUGUCCUGUUACCUUUUUUUUAUUGUAAUUUUAAGUUAUAGAUUUUUUUUGGAUUUUCCAAGUCAAAUUAAUUUAAACAAAUCGUAUUAAAAUAUUACCAUAAUGCCAUUACAAUACUUUAUUGCAAAGUGUUUAGUUUGAACACUGAUAUUUUUUUUUGGAAUCUUUUUAUUGAUCAAAGAACAGUGGGUAUGCAUCAAAAACAUAUUCUAAUUAGUCUCGGACAUAUGUGUUUAAUUAUCAUUUUAAAUGUUUUUAAGUAAGUAAAAAUUAUUUUAUUUUAUCAACUAUACUUAUAUCAUUCAGAUUUUGACAAUAUUGCAUGUUUUUUAAAGAAUAAAAUGACAUUAAAAUUAUUUUUCGUAUUUUAUUAAAAUUAUUUAACUUUUUUUUUCGAUUUUUGCGCAGGUAGUUAAACAAAUUUAUUAAAUAAAUUAUUAGAAUAUAUUUUUUGGUUAUUAACAUAAUUUGCUAAUGGUUUACAGUAGAAUCCACUUAAUGGGGGCACUAUAUAAAGGGGACAACCGCUUAAUGGUGAGAUUUUGGUUAAGUUCAGAAUGAAUGUAUUCGUUUUAGGCAAUUUAAAUUUGAUUAUUGGGGAUAAUGCAUUAAUUAUGAGAGACAUAGUCCAAUAAAAAUAACGAUUUUAUACAGCCUAUCAAAUUAUAAAUUAAGUAUGUACAUACUUUUUUGCAAAAAUUAUUCGGUUUAUCAAUUAAUUUAUAAUAAAUCAAUCAAUAAAUAAAUUAAUACCUCUACUACUAAUAUUAAAUAAUACUAUUAGGUAAUAAUAAUUUUUAAAUUAAGUAUGAAUUAAUUAUAAAUGUAUUUUGUAAAUAAAGUUAUUAUGUAUAUCAAAUAUUCAAAAUUUUACAAUAAACAUUUGAACUAAUUUUUGUCACUGGAACUAUUUUAUACCAAAUGUUUGUUGGUUUAACUGCUGAGAAUGAUUACAUUUUUUAGAGGGUAAUUUUCUGACAAUAGAAAUGAGUGGAUUAGAUGACACUAAUAUUCCAUUUAACAGAAAUAAAUAAAUAUUAAUACAUCUUUCAUGAUAUGAAGUUAUUAUAAUAUAAUCUGUAAUAAGUAGAAAACCAAAUAAUAUAUAAAAAUCAAUAAUUAAUGAUGUGUUAUUUUGGUGUAUGGCCAAAUAGAUAAAUCUUUACAAAUGCUAGGAGAAAUAUCACUGAAUCAAUAUUUUAUUUGGGUUAGAGUUAAUUUAGAGGCAUACAAAUAAGUUUUUAAUUGUUCAAAAUCUUAUUUAAUUGUAUCUAUUUCAUUUUCUCCUGGUAUACAAGGUAUCUACAAUUUUUUUUUUACAAUUCAUCUGUAAAGGCUUAAAAUUAUAAUCAUUUAAUAUAAAAUUAAUAUUGAAAUCUUUUAAUUGAUUAAUAAUUAAAAUAAAUCUAUUUUUUAAGGUAAUGUAAAUUAAAGCUAAAAAUAACCACACAACUAAGAUAAACUAGGCAAUACUAUGUAAUAUAAUUUAUAGUUUAAAAUUAAUCACCAAGUAGGUACUAUCCAUGAUGGUUUCAUCAUUUAUACACCUACUACCAAUUCUUUAGGGAGGCAACUAACCUUCUGUUCCCAGAUAUUUGUUUAAUGAUUGUAAAUUUGUAUAAUUUAACUAAAAUAAAUAUAUAAAUAAAAAUGCACUAUUUCAUUAACUUUUUCAAAUGAACAAAAUGUACCUAUCUAAUUAAUAAUUUUAAUAAUUUCAGAUUGACUGUAACAGCUGAAAAUGAAAAUAACAAAAUAAAUGAAUACAAUUCAUUGGAUUAUGAAAAUACAUCAACUCGGUUUAUACAGCAAGUAAGUAUCUUUCUAUAAAUUUUGUAUUUUAGAUUCUGAUCAGAGCAAGGAAUGAUUGGUUUUAUAAAGAUUUUUAUUUUCUGUGAAUAACUUUUACCAGAAAUUUUGCUCCCAUUUUUAAGUGUAGCACUUUUACUGAAAGUGGAUGGUACCUUUGAGGUGGUCAUUUUAUGAUUUUCCUAAAAAAUGGAAAAAUUUAUGAAGUGCAUUAUUUUCAAAUCGUAAAUAUUACUGCUUUUUAAAACAUAUGUAACUAAACUCCUCUUUCACAAUUGUUUUUCAUUAGUAAUGAUUCAUUUUUGCAUACAGAUAUAUAUUACAUUUUCUAUAUAUCUUCCCAACUUCUCACCUACAACAAUAGCCCACCCAUCAAAGUAUGUCAAUUUGUUUUUUUUAACUAUUUAUUGAAAGUUCUAAUUACUAACUAUAGUGACAAUUAUUAUUAAAUUAAGUACUUAUUUUAUUUUAGGUUUCUAAACAUAAGUUCAAAAAAACUUAUAUUCUGUUAUGUCUUUCUGGGUUAUAGUUACAAUUUUUGGUUUAGUUAACAAGAAGAUAUAUUAAAAGAUAUAGAUAGUGUGUUCACACUCAGAGGUACCACUUAAUAUUUCAAUUGGAUAACCUAGUAUUGAAAUAAAGUUUUCAGGGAAUGAUAGAAAGUACCAAAAUACAUUUUUAAUCUUUUCAUUACGCACUUGCACAAUACAAUUUACUUUUUUUAAAAUGGAAACACCAUUUUUUUUCUACAGAUUCCAAAAGAAUAUUUUUUCCUAAACAAGUUUUGUAUAAAAAGUUUUUUUCUAGUUACAUAUUUGGCAAAACUAUAUUAUGUUGACAUUUAAUAUUUACAAAUAAUCGGUUUUUAAUAAAAUUUUAACUAUGCUCAACUUAUACGUGAAAAUCAAAAUUAUGUUUCUAAUAUUAUGAAAUAUAUCUGUUUGUAGACAAAUAAGACAUUUAUUUGUUUUCAUAAUUUACUUUUUUUUGCCAUUCAUACUUUCAAAAUAAAUAAGCUAAAUAAUCAAAGGUCACGAAAAUUAUAAAAAUUUACUUACUAUAAAUUUCAAAUUAAAAUGUAUUUAUUUGCAACUAUAGUUUUAUCGAAUAAAUUAUUCUGUGAUUUUCCAAACUAUUUAAAAUUUAUCUUGAAAUGACAGUGUUUAUUUGGUUUUCUCUCAAAUUAUUACAUGUUACUCGUAUUUUGUUUUUCAAAUCUUGGAUAUUAUUAUUAAGAGGAUCUGCAUGUACAAUUGUUGCAAUUAAAAAAAAAGAAAGUAUAAUGAAAAGGUUAAAAAUUUGAAAUUUGAAAAUGUGUAUUUUGGUACUCCCUAUCAUUCCCUGAAAACUUCAUUUCAAUACUACUAGGUCAUCCAACUGAAAUAUUUAGUGGUACUUCUUGGCAUGAACUAUAGACUUCUAUAUAAUAUUAUGUAUUAUGUAUUAUAUAGAAAUCUGUGGCUUGAACACACAUAUUAUUCAAACCAUUAUUAUAAUUUUUAAUAAAUUAAAAAUUUAUUAAAUUUAUUAUUCAUUCAUGAUAUUGAAUAUUUAAGUAUGAAAUUAAUCAAUAACAAUAUAAAUAUCUACUUCAAUAAAACUUGUAAGAAAUUGAAAGUCAAAAAGUUCAAAAAUACAUCAAUAUACAUAUUAAAUGUACUUCUUUAAAGUUGUAAUCAAAGUCAAGAAAGGAGUAGAGACAAUAUAGUUAAACACUGGAAUAAAAUUUGUAUUCAUCAAAAACUAUGAAAUAGUAGGAAAGAUUAUUGAUUUAGAAACAAUUUUAUCUCAAAAUUUAAACCACUUUCAAAUUCCACACUUUAAAAAUUAUAUCCAAUAAAAAUUACUAUAUAAGAAAAAUGGGAAAUAGAGUUAAUGAUAAAAUUAAUAUUAAACAGUAAACACAUAAUAUUUAAGUUUCACAAAAUACACAAAAACUAUAACUUAAACACCAGCAUUCUUUUCAACCAUGAGUUACUGAUUUUACUUCCAUAAUUUUAAAUAAAGCUGAAAACAAUUUAUUAAAUAAAAGUAAUAAAUUUAAUACAUAUCAAAAUUAAAUUUUCAAUCAAUUAAAAAACAAUUAAUACAAUGUGAAUCUGUUAGAAAUUAUAUACAAUUUCAAAAUCAAAUUCAAACAAGAUGUAACUUACUUUAUCAGUACCAAUAAAAACUACACAAAUAAGCCUGAUAAAAUAUUAAAGUAAAAUAGUAUAGUUAAACAACAAAAUACAAUUAUUAACAACAUAGUGAAUAAAUUUAAACAAAAAAUUCAGCAAUAGUUCCGGUAGAUAAAUCUAAUGCUAUUGUUAUCAUUUUCACUAAUUAAAUUCAUUCUUUCAUCAUACAUACAUAUCCUAGAUACUUAAAAAUCAACCUUACCUAUAAAUACUUAUUGUCUGUGUUGUAUUGUCCUGUUCCACCAAACUCAUACUCUGUUUUACUUCUACUUAUUUUUAGUUUUUUCCCUUAAGUAUUACUCCCUAUUCCUCAAUCCUAUUGUUGAUUUAUUCUAGAUCAACUCCUAUCAAAGCUAUAUCAAAUGCAUAAAUCAUACACCAAUACACCAUGGUACAUUCUCUCAUUUAUCUUGUGCUCAAUUUUCAAUCAUUUCAGUUUAGUUAAAUAGUUGUUAAUAAUAGUUCCGACCAAAUAAAAUUUAAAAUGUAUGUUCUUCCCAGUUUUGCUCAAUUAUUAAGAAAAAAACAUAGAAAAUCAAAAAAAGAUCCACUUAUUCACCAACUAGAUUUAAAAUUCAUCAUAAAACACCUCUUGGUAAUUUUGGGUUGGAGCAUGCUUUCUUGUAGAAAAUUUUCUGAUAGAAAAAAAAUUUAAAAGCAUUAUAAAACAUUUAAAACACCCAUUAUAGUAAAACCAAUACAUUCCUAGCUCUGCUUAGAAUCUCAGCUAGGUACCAAAAUAUAACUUAUUAGUACUUUAAAAGUAGUAAGUACUAAGAAUUGUAUAAAUGUCUUGUUAACUAUUUACAAAUUAAGGUAUUUAAUUUAUUUAAAUUUCUACACUUAAGGAUAAUAUACUAGGUUACCAAACUCUUUAAAAAUUGUAUAGAGAAAUAUAGUUUAUAUUCAAAAUACAUUUAAAAACUGGAAGCUUGGCACCAUAAUUAAUAGUCCAAUAGGGGAAACCACUGAAAUUAAAGGUACCCAUUUGUUAUUUAAUACAAUUUGCAUGGAAUAUAUUAAAUAUUGGCUUACAAAUGAUUUCUUUAAUUGUAGUUUUUAAAGAUAUUGUAUAAAAGUUCAAAUUUAGUAGACAACUAAUUUUUCGUUUUUAAAACAAAAAAUAUAUUUUAAACAUUGCAUUGAACUAAUUAAUAAAAAUGAGUCUUUUUGCAAAAAGUCUAUGAUCUUUGUAGUGGAGUAGCCCGUUUGCGAACUACUUAAAAUUUUUCCAAACGACCUACUGUUUUUCAGACUUAUUGCAUACAGACUGAUAGCAGUUAUGCCUUUUAAGAACUACAAUCAUUAUAAAGUAAUAGCCAUUUAACUUAUUUUAUUUUAAGGGUAAUUUAAUACUUAUACAAAAAAAAAAAAAAAGAUCAAUUAAAUUAUUAUAACAUGUAAACUGAAUAAGUAUGGUACUUAUUAUAUAGUAUUAAAUGUAUUUUAUAAACUGUAUAAAUGGCUAGUAUUAGUGAAGUAUAGAUUAUUUUAAAUUUUUGACUAUUGUAUUACUAUUUUUAUUUUAUAGGUAUUACUAACAAAAAAUAAAAUAUGUAAAAUAUUUACUUAUUGUUACUUAUAGUAUACUACAGUAGUAUAAUACAUAAAAUCUACACAAUAAUAAAUCAAUUCAAACCAUGUAAGACCAGUGUGUAAUGUGUAUUAUAUAUUAUGGCCUUAUAAUGGCUUUUUGCUAAUUAUAUCACUAUACUGAUUACUAGGACUGGGAUUUCAAUGCAAAGUGCAUCUUGUUUUGGUUGAUUUUACACAAUGCUUUUCAUUUACAUAAUUUGUUUCAUGUAAUGGGUGCUUUAGAGCUGAAACUUAUUUUGCAUUUUUAGAACAUUUUCUAUACACAUUGUCAAUCAUUCCAUUUAUUUUUUCAAUAAUAUUUAUUAUUCGAGAUAUUUUAGUUUAAUUUAUAUUAUUUUGGUAUGUUUAGAAUGAAUAAUACUGCCCCAAAAGAUAUGUGUCAACAUCAUCUCAAGUCAAUGUAUCAAGUCAAUUUUUCAAAUUUCAGUUUUUUUUUUAAUAAAAUAAUAAUUACCUAAUUAUUUUGCCAAAUAUGAAAAAAAAAUACAUGACAUUUUUAUAUUUUUUAGAGUAUAUUUGUUUGGUUUUAAGGCCAUUUAAAUCAGGGCCCUACUGAUUACCAAUUAUGUUUUUAUUUUAAUACUUAAAAUAAAUAGUACACUAUUUUGUAAAUUGUUAAAAUAAUAUUAUUUAUUAUGUUACAUAGUAUAUAAUGAUGUCAUUCUUAAAAGGCCUAACUACUGUCAGUCUGUAUACAGUAAGCCUGAAAAACAGUAGGUCGUUUGGGAAAAUAAUAAGUAGUUUACCAACAAGCUAUACCAUUGCAAAGAGUCUUUUCGCAAAAAGACUAAUUGUCCAUAUGGCCUAUGACAUAAUAUUUAUUGUAUUCCUAAGAAAAACGCCAUAAAUCGAAAAAAAAAAAAUGAGAUUAUCCUGUAUUAUGUUAAAUUGUUAAAUAUUAUAGUUUUACAUGUUUUUAAAGUAUAUCCUCAUUUUUUAGAUUCUGAGUGAAGCAAAGAAACUUAUGGUUUUACAAAGAAAUUUUUUUUUUUUUGUUCUUUGGAAAACUUUUCUACCAGAGAUCAUGCCCUGAUUUUUAUGUGUAGCACUUUUUUUGAAUGGAAAUUGGUAUGUGGAGGUACUUUAGAGAGGUAAUUUUUCGAUUUUCUUAAGUUUUCUCAUCAAAUGAGAAAAUUUGAAAUAAAAAACUGGAGAAAAAGGUAUUAUAACUUGUAACUUUUUUCACUAAAAUUACUUUUUUAAAAAUUAGUCCCUAAAGUCAUUUUUUUUAAAAAAAAAUUCUUAAAAGUCACUCGUUUACAUUUUUAUGAUAUCAGUAAAAUGUUAAAUGGUUAAAUUGUUAUAAUCUGGUAUAAUCUGGAAUCACUGCCAGUGGCGAUUAUUGUACCUGUGUAUCACAAAGUUAUGAUCAUACCUAUAUAUUUAGCCAUGAUUGUUAUAACAUAGACACUACAAAUAUGUUUGAUUAUAUAUUUUUUUAUUAUUGUGCUUACAUAUCAAAAUUACUAAAAGUACUUAAGCUUAAGUGGGUGGUCAAAUGGUAUUAUCUAGAACUAAUAUACAUUCUAUGUAUGUCGUGGACAAUAUCCAUUUAAAUCUUCUUACAUAGGUUCCAUCUAUACUGAAUCUUUAUAAUACAAAAGAACUUGUUACAAGAGGUGAAUUAUUAUGAACUAUGAAAAUAGUAAUUUCAGCUGCUUCAUGUAAAAAUGUUUGAUAUUUUUCAAGCUAUGUUUUCUGAUAGUGAGAAUAUUGCAAAAUGUUUUAAACUAAUUCUGAGUUAAGUGCAUUAUUUAAUUACUGAUGAUCUAGCUCCAUAUGUUUUGGAAUUGAUAUUAGACGAAGUCCAAUAAAUAAAUAAGUAAAUAAAAAAGUAUUUAGACUGCCUAAUGAAGAAAUUAUUUAGAAGAAAGAACUUAUAAAUAUAGUAUGUGUAUGUUACUUAUUAUUAUUUAUUUAUUAUGUCAUUUAAUAAUAAUAAAAUAAAUUCAUAUAUAAAACUAGGUAGUCAAGUGUCAUAAUUUAUUAAAACCAAAAUAUUGCUUAAAAUGUUACUGUAUAUGAGUUAACAGCCAAGUACCAUUACAAUAUGGAGACAUUAUCUUAUACUAUUUAACUUUUAUUUAGGUUCUAAGUAUUGGAAUUGCUGGAAAAUAAUUUGUGUAACAUAAAAUGUUAGGUUGCUACUUUUUAAAAAGAAGUGACUAUUUUAAUCAUUUUUGUUGCUACAUUCACCUUUUUUAACCCAAUAGUAGUUAUGAAGCCUGAAAACUGGAAAAUGUAUGAAAUAUAAUUGUAUAAUAUUAUGAUUUUUUUCUCUAUGGAAACUUUCCUACCAGCAAUUUUGCUCCAAUUUAUAAUGAUAGCAAUUUUCUAAAAUGAAAUUUCACUGAGGAGGUAUUUACGAGAAAUAAUUUUUCGAUUUUCUCAAAAGUUUCCUCAUCAAAUGAGAAAACCGAAAAAUAAAAAAAAAAAAAUGGGUAAAAACAGGAAAAUUAGUACAAUAUUAAACAAAUAUUAUUAUUGUUAUUAUUAUAUUAUUAAAGAAAUUAUAUAAUGCCUAUUUAAUUAUUUUACUAUAUGACAUAUUAAUUAUUGACAAAGCAUCACUAUCAACUAAACUCUGCUUAGAAUCGUUUUUCGUAAGUAAGUAAUGACCAAUGGUUGCUUACGAGUAUACAUUAAAUUACCUAUAAUAAUGGCUGCACCCCAUUAUCCUAGGAAGUCUUUUUUUUUUUCUUUAUGACGUUUUUCUUAGGACAGCAGUAUAUAUAUUGAUAAAUUUCUUAACUAAUACUUAUAGUAUAUAAUCAAUAUGUUUAUAUAUUACAUAUCUUAUUUUUUAAAGACUCAUAAAAAUACUCCACAAACGACUUACAAUUAUAAACACAGAUGGAAAAGUAUUUUAAAUGUUUUGGAUACCUGCAAUAAAGAGGUUAUAUUUCCCGAAAUCCAAUCCAAUUAUGACACCAAUAAAAGGUAAUUAAAAUUGAAUUGUUUUGCUUUUUGUACCAUAUUUUAUUAUCUGAGAUAUUUUUCAUGUAUAAAUUAUAUGGGUUGAUUCACGUACUCACCCCAUUUUUUGGUUAAAUUUUGCAUACAUUCAAAUUCUGAUUUUUGGAAUUUUUAAGUUUAAUUAAAGUCAAUAUGUUUGAAUAUUUAUAUUUUUUACAACAUUUAAGGAGUAUCCUCUAGUGAUACCAACUUUGGUUUUUUAAAUAAAGACCAAUAUUUAAAAUUCCAUAGACCAAUUAUUACUUUAAAUAAAUUUUAGUGUCGAAAUUAUUCAUUUUCGUCAAACUGCUAUUGAGAUAUUUCACUAUUUCACUUGGGCCUGCCCUCACAUAAAUGAUUUCCACCGCUUACCACAACUUUAAAGUAGAAUAUCUCUUUAAUGGGUUAAUGGAAAUCAACAAUUUUGACACCAAAAUUUAUUUGAAAUAAUACUCUAUCUAUUUAUGGAACUUUUAAUACAGAUUCUCAUUUGAAAAAUCAAAAAAAGUAUCACCACAGGAUACUACUUCAAUGUUGUGAAAAAUAUAAGUAUUUGAAAUUAUUGAAUAUAAUUGCACUUAAAAAUUCCAAAAAUCAGAAUUUGAAUAUUUGCAAAAAGUGGGGUAAGUAUGCAUAGUAAAUGAUCCUAUAUAUAUAUAUUUAUUUUUUUCUAGAAUUUUAUCAGAAAUCGAGGAAAAUUUAAUAACAAAUAAUUUUAAUUCAAGUACCAAAUUUAUAACCGAAGAUAAUUUAGUUGAAGACUAUAAUAUUAUUAAAACUGAUGUGAUUGAAACUGAUGAGCUUAAAUAUAAUCAAUCUCUUAAUGCAACUGCAACUGUUCGCAAUGUUACUGUAAAUGAAGAUAUUCCAUCUUUUAGAGAGUGGACCAAGAAACAAUUGGAGGAAGCUGAAAAACAACCAAGUAAGAAAUAUAUUUUUAAAUAGUUACUUAAUUUAACUUUGAGUUAAUAAAUAUUUUUUAAUUUAAUUUUCGUAUUAGCUAUCAAUGAAACUAAAUAUAAACAUGACAAAAAUAUAUUAAAAAAGAAUUAUGCAUCACCUGAGUGUGGUGCCAAAGUAGUAUCAACAAACCCAGAAGCAAAAUAUCCACAUUUAUUGUUAACAAAACCCACUGAUGAAUAUUUAUUAAAUUUAUGUAAAAGUACUACUUGGUUUGUUGUGGAAUUAUGUGAAGCAGUACAAGUUAAAAAAGUAUGUUACAAAUAUUUAUAUACAAACAAAUAUUUGUAAUUUCAUCAUGUGUAAUUAAAUGAAUUAUUUUUUUUAGAUUGAAUUGGCAAAUUUUGAAUUGUUUUCAUCUACACCAAAAGAGUUUUCAGUGUAUGUUGCAUCUCGACUGAAUGCUCGAGUUUGGACACCUAUUGCUAAUUUAUUAGCAGAAGAUGUACGUAUAUUACAAGGGUUUAAUCUAAAUACUACAGAUGACAAUGAAUUUAAUAAGUAUAUAAAACUAGAAAUUCAUUCACACUAUGGUAAAGAACAUUAUUGUCCAAUAUCCGUUUUCCAUGUCUAUGGAUUAUCAGAAAUUGAGGUAAAGUUUACAUAGUUACAAUAAUAAAAAAAAGUAUCCUAAUUGUAUUUUCAUUUUAGGCAUUAGAAAGAGCAGAUGAAAAUGGAUUAGGAAGUAAUAAUGCUGAGAAUGAAGACUCUGAUGAUUUUGAUGUGUUAAAUGAAGAUAUCUCGAGUCACCAAAACAAUUCAGGAAACAAUAAAAAUACAUUACUUGAUAGCGCACGUGUGGCAGUAAUGUCUAUUGUUAAAAUUGCUACUGAUGUGUUAGAUAUUAGACAGAAAAAUGCUAACAAUUUUUCUACUUAUACUUUAAACAAUACCGCUGGUACUUUAGACAUGUAUUUAUCGAAAUGUAUGACUCCAGCAUACAUUAUGGUCUGUCAUGGUUGUAAUGACACUUUUUAUAAAAAGUAAUGUUUAAAUAUUUAAAUUCAAUGAUGUUUAUUGUAUUAUAAUAUCAUAUUUUCUUUAUUUUAGGAUGUUUGACACUAUAAGUUGUGAAGCUGAUACUUUAACAGAGAUUUACCAAAAUAAGUACAUUUACAAUACAAUAAUAAAUAGUAAUAUUUGUGUAGAAUAUGGAUUAGAUUUUGUAACAAUUGAAAGAAAAAUACCAUUGAUUGGUGAUCAGAGGAAAAAAUUUAUUAUUUCAAUUUUUCCAAAUGUCAAAAUGGCUGCUUUAUGUAAUACUUUGGCAAUUUUACACAAAAAAAUUGUGUUAAAUAAGGCUAAACGUGUUUAUAUUAGUGAAAACUUGAUCAUCAAUUUGCAAACAACAAUGCUGGCUGAAAAUGGACAAAUUACCAACAAUAGUGAUACAAAACUUCUACAAUCUAAUGAUACAUCUAAUUCUACAUUUAAUUUUACAUCUAAUUCUACAUCUAAUUCUACAUCUAAUUCUACAUCUAAUUCUACAUCUAAUUCUACUACACCAACUGAUAACAAACCAACAAUGUACUUGUCUAGUUAUAUUGAGCCUCUUGUAUCACAGAUUCUACCAACAAAAACUUUUUUAAAUACAGAAGAAGAGACUGCUCAUUCAAGCUACAAUCAAGUUAAAGAUUCAACAACAAUGGUUAAUGAGAAUGUUGUACAUAAUACUUCAAAAGUAGAUAUUGAAUUAAAUUCAACAGUUGAAGUUUCUAUACCAAGUCCUACACAAUGUAUAUUAUUUCUGUCUAAUUUUUAUUUUUUUAAUCUGAUUUUGUUUUUAAUUGUAUAGUUUCAACUACUAGUUCUAUUGUGGACAAUCCUAUAGAUUCUGAAGUCCACAAUAAUUAUGAAAAUAAUACUACAAAUGAAGGAAAAGUAGUUGAACAACAAUCUACAGAUUCAUUUGAUAGUUUUUUUAAAGAUUUUGAAGUUGAAGAUCAUGAAAAUGACAAAUGUAAUCCCACAAUAGCAGAAUCAUCUAUACAGCACAUUGUACAACCUUCAGUUCAAUCACAAAAUACUAAGCAGUCGUUAUUUAUUCGUUUAGCAAAUCGUAUAAAAGUAACAAUUUAAAUAGGUGUUUUUCAAAUAGUUAUUAUAAUAUAAUAACGUGAUGAUUUAUGUGAUAAUAGGAUUUAGAGCGGAACAUGUCUUUGAGUGGUGAAUAUUUACAAGAGCUGAGUACUCGUUAUAAAAAACAAGUUGAUGAUAUGCAACGUACUAUUUUAGAGUUAGUUGAAGAAAAUAGACUGAAAAAAGAACAAGAUUUAAAAAUUCUUGGUGAAAUGAAAAUGCUUAGUGAUCAGGUGGCUUAUCUUCAAAAUUCACUGCACUGUUUAAAAACUGAAACAGAAAAUUUAAACUUGGUGAAUAGUUUUUUUUUUUUUUUUUAUUGUCUGUUGACUUCAAUAAUUUUCAUACCAACUAAAUCUAUAUAUUUCAAAUUAUUUGUUUACAGUUUUCAGUUAUUCUUCCUGAAAGUAAUCCUAUUAAAUUUGGAAUUAUUUGCUUCUUAAUUGUAGCUUAUGUAACCCUAAAAGUAGUAGGUUUUAUUGGUAAAAAAAAUCAAGCAUUUGAAUGGAAAAAUUUGAAUGCAGGAUCAAGUACUCGUAGACAGUCUACUAAUGAUAUUUUAUCAAAUAUAAAAGAAAGACAUAGGCGGCCCAGUGAAGAAGCAUUAUUCUCAUCAGGUAAAAAAGAAAGGAUUUAUUAUUUUGUAAAUAAUAUUAAAAAUGUCAGUGGAUUAAUUAAUUAUAUUACAGUAGAAUUCAAUAUUAAAAAGAACUUUAAAUAAUUUUAUUUUAAUAUAAUUUUAAUAAUCUAUGUCCUUUAAUCACUGUCAAUUAUUUUAAAACAGAAAAAGAAAAAGCAAAAAAUUCACCAUUUUUUUUAAAAUCCUGUGAGUUAUUUUAAAUAAAACUUACCUCUAUUAAUUUUACACGAUACUUUUUAGUCAUAAUAUGUUACCAAAAUUUAAUUUUAAUUUUUCCUUUUAAACUUUACGCAAUAGCUACUUUAUCUUAUGAAACACUUAAAUAUUAUAAAUAUGAAAUACUCUAGUUGGCAAUAAUAAUUUUAUUAAAAUGAAGUUUUAUUAACUAUUACAGGGACUACUCAUCAAGAUUUAUUAAUUAGAAAUAGUAAUGGAGAAAAUAUGAAAAAUGAUAAUAAAAGACGUAGAAAAAAGCGCAAAGAACUUAUUUUAAAAUCCAAGUCAAAUGCUAUCAACUUAGAAGCGGGGGGUAUUGAUAGUAACAUAAAAGUGAGAUCUACUUCAGGCCUUACUCAAUCAAACCGAAGAGCUUCUUCAUCUGAUUUAACUUCAUGCAGUGGAACAACACAUGAUUUUAUAAAAACAGCUCUAUCAGUCAGAACAAACAGAAUGUCAGGACCUUUACAACAUAGCAACAAUAUCAUUGAAUCUAAUAAUAACCAAACUCCGACAGAAGUCAAGACAAAAAGUAUAAAAACAUUUUUUAAAAAAAUAUUUUAAACUAAACUCAAUUCUGAAUUAAAUUUUGUUAAUUACAAUAAUUAUUGUUAACUAGUUUUAUA